UCGGGGAUACGGUGGUGAGUGAGAUCUGGUGGGUAGUGAAAGAGUGAGAUGUCAGAGGAGUAGAAGAAGAAGAAGAAGAAGAAGAAGAAGAAGCAGUAGAAGUAGAAGUAAUAGCAGCAACAGAACAAAUAUCAACACAACUAUCAGCAGGAUAAGCACUCAACUACUAAAUGGGGUUAAUCGCAGCCGCUGCUUAUCGGUUUCCGGGGUAACGAGCUGCACUGACACCCGACGAGGGCCUCGUGUUUAUUGCCAAGCUUGGCGCAGCAGGCGCGAUCCGCCUGCUCGUCCGCGUCCCUCCUCCUUCGCUCUUCUCUUCCUCUUCUCACCUUUCUCUGUUGUUGUCCUCCUCCGAGCAGCUGCCUCGUCCUCUUCUUCUCUUUCUCCUCCUUCUUCUCGUUCUUCUCCAUGCGCUCUGAUCGCCGCGCCAGUCCGCUCUACCUCUCCUCCCGCUCAAAUGCCCUGCACUUCUACGACCCCUCCCCGCAGCGCAGACACCUCUCCACCCCCGACCACUUCCCUCGCCAGUCCCUGACCUCCUCCAGCUACUCCACCCACCUCCCUCCCAACUCCCGCGCAAACGCCCGCGCCGCCUUCUACCAGCUCUUCGCCGACGAGCUCAGCAUCACCGCCGAACUCUCAGUUCUAGAUGCGGCGUCAACGCCAGCCAAGCCGCCCUCGCCCGCCCCGGCCUCGCGCUCGAGCGACUCCUGCUCGUCCGCAAACUCCUCCGCUUCUUUAUUUGAGCGCCCGGCGACCGUCUCUUACCGCUCGCUGCUCGAUUUCAACGAGCCCCCCGCCAGCGUCGUCGCAAACUCGUCCUCUUCAGACUCGGCCUCGGACUCGUCCUCUGACUCCUCCGACUCCGAAGACGAGGUAGAUCCGUUCAUGCCGCUGCGCUCACAGGCUCAGACCACUUCGUCUGCGACCCCGAAGAAGCCCGCCGCCGGCACGAGAUCAGUCCUGCCGCCGCCGAUGCCGCUCGUGCACAGCAAGCCCGCGGUCUCGUCCUCGGGUGCGUCCAUCAGAUCGUUCAGAUCGAACCUGUCGGCGCGGCGCGCACUCGUGCCCAAGCAUCGCACGCCGACGCUGGACUCGCUCCCGCUCGAGAUCCUGGACGAGAUCUGCUCGUUCUUGCCGCAGAAGGAACUACUGGCCUGUGUUUUGACCUGCAAGAACCUCGCCUGCUCGAGCUACGUCUUUCUCUACCAGAACCCGGUGUUCAAGUCUACGUACCGCUUCGCGCAGUUUGUCAGCGUCAUCACGCACGACCGCACGCUCGCGUCCUACGUGCACGACCUCGAUCUGUCGAACGUCGAGAUCGGCCUCCAGGGAGACGUCGUCCUCGCUGGCUGGCGCGACUGGAAGUAUCGCUCGGAGCCGUUGUACUGGACUCGCAAGCACCACCACCACCAUCAUCACCACCACCACCACCAUCACCACACCACGACCCCUACCACCAACACCAACGCCAACACCAAGCGCAAGCGAGCCAACACGACCGACGCACUGCAGACGCCUCCGGUGCCGCAGACCGAAUCACAGCCGCAGCCGCAGCCUCAGAAACCGUCGAUGCGGCGUGCGUCGCUGAGUUUUUCGUCGUCGUCGUCGAGACCGAAGCACAGCCACCGUCACCGCCACCACCAAUCAAUCUCCCGGCCGCAGAUCCAGGAACCGGAGGCCAAGAAAGCGCCGGCGCCUGCUGUUGCUGAAAAACAACAACAAGAGGAGACGCCGGUGCCGAGCGGUCAGCAUCCGCUGCAGUCGCCGCUGCUGAAGCAGUACUCGCUCUCGCGCGACGUGCCCAUCGGCGCGAUCUUGCACGUCCUGCGCGCGUGCCCGAAGCUCAAGUCGAUCGACUUGUCGAACCUGCCGCUCGCGGCGGACUACUACGUCACCUCGCGCAAGUAUAAGCCUACCGCGUUCACCAACCUGCUGUUUGUGAGCGACGUGCCCAAGUCGUAUACCUGGCGCACGGACGAGACAGUGCAGGUUGUGGCGCAGCGGGAGCUCGUGAGCGCGAUUCUCGAGCUGCGAGAGCUCAGGCAGCUGAGCAUGAAGGGCCUCGUCUGGGUGAGCAAAGUGGUUGCGAAGCGGAUUCUCGAGCACGAGAUCCUGAGCCAGACGCUGGAGUAUGUCAACUUUGAGCAGUGCGGGAUGAACAGAGGCAACCCGUGGGCGAAGGAGGGCAAGGUUGCCGACUUUGCCGAGGUCAUUGAGGAUUGAGAUGCAUCACACAUCAGGAUGAGGAAAGCAUAGCAAGGAAAUAUCACGGGCGGAAACAGGAAGGAAUGCAAGGGAAAGAAUAUGGGUACAAAACGGUUGGCAACAGGCAGGAUUUCUUUCGUUUCUUUAUAUUUUCAAUUUGUUAUUGUCGAGGGCGGCGGACUGCAUCGAAUCCGGAUUUUUUUUUCAUUUCUCGUUAUCUAUCUUUGCUUUCGUUUAUCGUUUAUCGUUGAUAGACUGGGUUUGUUUCUUCUUCUUUUAUCAGUUAUUUGAUUUCUUGCUGGAUUUUUACAUCUCCAAAUGUCGCGUUCUAUUGUACUGCUAGCUAUUAAAAAAAGCUGAAUCUGAUUGUUUGAUAUUUCCGGAUUGGGUAAAGUAAUGACGUUA